GUUUGGAAACAUCUUUUAGAAGGGAAUCCUAUCGAACUCAGUACUGACCUCACUUUUACUCAUAGGCACUGCUUAACAGUUCACUGUUGGAAAUAAUGUUACAGUGGAGUUUUAAAGUACCGAAGGAGAGGCAUUUAUUCUGGACAGUGUUCUGUGCUUUGAGCCUGCUGGCUGCUGGUAAUGAAGCCGUAUCAACUACUGCACCAACUUCAGAGAGUCCUUCUGCAGUGAUACCCAGCAAUGCAACACAGCCAUUGACAAGCAGCAAUACCACAGAAUUGCCAUCUGGGAACUUCUCCAUCUCAACUACUAAAUCAACAGAUCAAAUAUUUUCAACUGAGGCAACAAAUGGUACAAAUGUCACCACCCCUGAAACACUCACCACAAAACCCACUUCAAAUACAACAGUGCAAGCAUCUACAACACAGGGCAGUUCCAGAAAUGAGACAACUCAAAACACAACUUCAACACCACUUCUGACAUCUACUUCUACAGAGCUGCCAAAGCAUACUUUUUCAAAUACCAGUACACCUACUGCAACUGAAGCUGGUGACCGUAGUGCGAUGGUUAACAUCACUUGCCUCAAUAUCAAGAACGUUAAGACCACUGAAGUGAUAUGCUUGGAAAUCAAUGAGGAAUACUCUUGUCACCAGUUCAAAAAACAAAAAGGAAUGGACCUAACAAAUGUGGUUUGUGAAGAAAACCCAUCUCAAUGCAAUAUCAAACUGUCAGAAUCAGAAGUGAAGCGCAACUGCAUACUGCUGGUUGAGGCAGCAAAUAAAGGUCCAAGUGCAUUAGAAACGGUUCUUCACCAGAAGGCAGCAUUUUUGGAACAGCUAGGGAUAAAGCCCCACAAACAGGAGGACAUUUCGAGUCACAAGGACUAUUCCCGGAAGACACUUAUUGCCUUGGUCACCUCUGGUUUGCUGCUGGCAUUUCUGGGAUUGGCUGCAUACUUCCUUAUGAAACGACAGAGCUGGAGCCCCAUGGGAGAGAGGCUGAGUGAAGAUCCAUAUUACACAGAAAAUGGUAGCCAUGGCAACACUGUGGUUUCUGUGGCCUCUCAUGAACAGUCUGACCUGCAGGAUAAACCAAACUUCAAUGGAGGGGCUCGGGAAAAUGGAACUGGUCAACCAACCUCAAAAAAUGGACAUUCAACCAAGCCCCAUGUUGUGGCUGACACUGAACUGUGAAAAGGAUAUGGCCAAAAGUCUUAUUAACAUGGCUUGAAAGACCAGAGUGGAAAUAUAGAGGAGCAAGAGUGCAAGGGUGCCAUAAAUGGAAUCAUUAUCUUUUUAUUUUUACAAAGAAUUCAAAAAUCCCAUUCCAAAGCAUACAUUUUUAAUGAGCUGCCACAGGACUUAGUGGUAUGUACAAGCUUUCGUUUGUACACACUUUCAUUUGUACAAGCUUUCAUUUAUACAUGAAGUUAGCAAGCUGCUUCAAUGGGAUUUGGCUUGUUCAUAGUAUCUUUUUUUGCUCUCUCUCAGACCAAAAUGAGAUGUGACUGUCCCUUACAACCAUCUAUCUAGGGAAAGGAUAGGGGUGCUUCUCUAGAAAUUUAGAGUAGAUUUAUCAUUCUUAGGAAUUUGAUUUUCAGCUCCAGUGCUGAUUAGGGGGAGGAAGGAUCUCUUCACAGUGAGAAUAAAUAAAAAUAAUGAACAAUAAGGCAUUUAACCACCUAGGUCAACAAUUCUGAGUACUGAUUCACAUGAUGACCCUUUUCUUAUGACCCUUUUCAACACAAGAGAACCGGUGAAUGCUCAAACACAUGGCUGUAUUUUGCCUCAACCUAGCUCAACCCACAUUUAAUUUUUUUCAAGAUACAAAAAAUUGCCAUUUGGAUGCAUGUAAACUGUAUUUAUUGGUCCAAGUCACUAUACUAAAUCACUGAAAAGGCAACCUGAGAGUUAAACAAAUUGUGUGCAUCAAACCUCAGGAAACCCACCAACAUUCUUACUUCUUUGGUAGGUACCAUUUGUCAUUCCUACAUCCAGAUCCAGCUCAGACAUCUCACUCCAGCCUUUCUACUAUGUGAUGCAAUGCCCUUAACACACACUGACAGGAACUCAUCAGCCGACCCCGCAAGCCUUCUGAAGUACCAUUUGGCAAUCACCAAACAACAUUAAACACUUCAUUAGACUUGCUUUCAGCAGAAAACUAGAUGGUUUUUCAGGUGAAAAACAUUUUAAAAUAUUGAAGGGCAGUUCCAUAUUCAGUUAGGAACUGGCAUAGGCAACUGGCCCAAAACUACAAAUGUUGCUCAUGUCAGCGAAAUAUUUCAGCUAGGAGAUUCUGUCUCCAUUAUUCCUAGAAUAACAUGUAAACAGAAGCAAUGACAUAAAGCAAAUGAUGUUGGCUAGGAAUCAGGGGUGGCUAAUCAGUGUCCCCCAAGAUACUGUUGGGCUCCAGCUACCAUCAGCUCCAGUCGGCAUGGCUGAUAGCCAGGGAUUGUGGAUUUUCAUAGAAUCAUAGAAUUGUAAGGGAUCCCAAGGGUUAACCCCCUGCAAUGCAGGAAUCUCAACACAUGGUGACCCAUCUAAUUUAAAACCAUACAAGACCCUGUGUGGCUUUGGAAAUGUGUUAGCAGUUUUAUUGUUGCACCAUUGUAGUCCAACAACACUUGAGGGCCACAGGUUCCCCUGCUAUAAAGCACAGAACAAGUCUUAAAAACAUUGUCCUCAAUCCUAAUGAAGCUAGUUCUGUUGAAAUUAAUGAGACAAAUCAGUUACAGUUAAAUUGAUUGUACUGUCAGUUCUCUUAAGUCUGCAGUCUUACGUGGAAAUAAGCUGUAUUGAACUUAAUGGGGCUUAAUUCUAAGAAAACUUGUAUAUGACUUGUGUUGUAAAUGAAGUAAACUGACUGUUUGGAUCCUUUGAACCCUGUUUCCAAACAAACAAAUGAGAAUAUGUUUGCAAAUGUAAAUCUUUGCGUUAAUCACAUCUGGUGUCUCUCUAUAUAUUUGUUUUGCUCUAUAUAUUUGCCUCCCCCCCCAAAAAAAAAGAAUACUAGGAAGUUGUUUCCUUAUGUUGUGCUUUAUUAUUCCUAUCCCCCAUGUUAAAUGCCAUUCUGGGUUUUGUUGACUCUGUAUUAUUAUUUUUGUAUGUUGUACAAUACAGUACAAAAUAUGAAUAGGCUUUGAAAUGAAUUACAUUUUCUUCCCCCAA